AUGGCCUCUCAACCUACUUCAACACCUAGUCCUGCCCCCGAGGUAGCAGAAGCUGCUUCUAAAAACGAGCCGACACAAGAGAAUGUGCGCCCUGCUCCUGCUCGCCGUCCUCGACCUCAAAGGCCGAAUUAUAGACACAUCCAUCGCUUCCUUCUUCCUCUUACCAUCCAUCCGUUGCCUCCUUUGAUUCCGCAUAAUCCUCUCUCCGUUAUCAGUGUCGUCUUGUCAUACUUGACCUACUUGAUUUCCCCGCCGCACCAGGAGCUCUACUCCGCCUAUUUUGACUCGAAUACGUCGUCCGUGCAUGUCACUGAUGAGAAGACAAUCAGAGCGCUAUGGGAGAUGGGCUUCUUCGGCAAGGGCUCGCUGAGUCGCAGUGAGCCCAGUUGGUUGGAGCGGGAAAAGAAGAGAAGGGGUCAGUUCGGUGGGAAGACUAGUGAGGAUGUCACACGGGAGAGGAGAACGGAACGGCGCGAGUUGAAGCUCGAGAGAGCGCGCAUGGAGAAGCUUGCCAUUGAGCAGCGACUUCAGGCAGAGGCUGCCGCCAAUGAAAACGGUACUGCGUCACCUGACAUGGAUGCAGACAGUACCAGUAAUGGGACUGCUACUGCCGCGGAAAAGUUCUCUCUUCGAAAGGCUCGUGAAGCGAGGAUGCUCGGAUCGCAGCAGUCGGGGGAGCAGACUCCGGUGACUGAUUCCGGGAAUGCAUCGCCUGGAAGGAAAGUUACAACUCCCGGUAAAACGGAAUCUCUGCUGAAAAAUGAAGAACACCUCCAGCUGUCCAACGAAGAGGCCCUCUUCCUUGCCUAUGGACUUGGCGCCCUACAGGUCUAUGACAAUGACCGAAGCUCUAUAAUCCCCACAUCUUCCCUACUCACAUUAUUCCGCCAACACUCAUACUUCCCUCCUCGGAGUCCUGCCGCAAACCUGGACCCAGACGACCCUUUCAUAGUGUCCUACGUGGUGUACCACCAUUACCGAUCUCUUGGAUGGAUUGUUCGCUCCGGCGUGAAGUUCGGAGUGGAAUAUCUCCUUUACAACCGCGGACCGGUGUUCUCGCAUGCUGAGUUCGCCCUCGUGGUUAUCCCGUCGUACGACCACCCCUACUGGUCUGAGACUGAAGAGCGCAGGAUGCAUGCCGAAGAAAAACAGGCGCGCAGCUGGUGGUGGCUUCACUGCGUUAACCGCGUACAGGCGCAGGUGCGGAAGAGCCUUGUGAUCUGCUACGUGGAAGUGCCACCUCCGGAUGAUGCUCAGGCACUGGAGAAUGAUAUCGGGGCCUUGCUUGGUCGCUAUAAGACUCAAGAAAGUAUUGAUAUCGUGAAGCUGAAACGCGUCGCGCUGGGACAAUCCCAGCCGGUCUUGUCGCAUAUUCAAAAUCUUCCGCAGGACCCAACGCUGAAAGAAAACGUCCCGGAAGCCCAGGCUGGUUCGCAGGAGGUCCGCCGGGCAUCGCCUCGCAGUCCUUUGCACGAGCAGAAUGCUACGAAUGGCACAACUACGACUCCAAUAAACGCAAGCAGGCCGAAUAAUCGAUUACUGCAACGGGUGAGCGGGAAGAUGGGAUCCGCGGAGACGCCAUCAGACACCCAAGUAGUGUCGCAGUCGGUAUUCGACCAUAUCAUCCAGCAGAACAACGACGAUAAUACCUUGAAGACACUGCAUGAAGGAGACCCUGGUCACAUUGAUUUGCUCGCGGGAUUCGAUCAUACACAGUUGGAUACCAGCAACACCAACACCAACAACACUGAGGACAAUGAGAAUGAGGACCAGGGAGACGCAGACCCGUCUUCCCCGUUGGAGUACCAGCCAAACCUCUUCCCUGAGUCUCAGCGGUUCAUCGCCAAGACCCCAGCUAUGGUGGUUCAACAGAGACAUUUCGAGGACCGCAGCCAGAAUGAAUCCCCUCUUGUCUCCUUCAAUCCUCUCGCAUCAACCAAGUCGACUAACGGAACCAUGGCGCUGAGCCAGAUGUUCGAGUCCACGCAAGUUCCAUCGUCUCCAAUAGUCAAUCGUCUACACUCAGAUCAGAUGUCCGAACGACCAUCGCCGAACUUGCCGAUCCAACACCAUUCACUUGCUGCGGGUACGGCACUGUCUUCCCCGACCAUGAAGUUAGCGGCCACAUUUCCUCAGCAUCCGUCGGAGUCAAACAUGAACUAUAUCACUAUGAAGGAGUCGCAAGCAGAACGAGAGAAGAGGAUUCAGGCUGAGAGGAUGACGCGGUCGGCUGAGCAUAUCUACUCGGAGGACCAGAGUGAUGAUGACGAGUUCAACAAAGAACCCAGCUUUGUUGAGAGGAUGAAGCGACGGAAGAUGAUUGACGAAUUGGCGAAUGCGCAAUUUGCUGGCUUCGCUGCUUCAGCACGGCUCGCGUCAAGUCGAUCGAGUCGAUCAAGCAAACGAGGCGGCAAGUCAAAGUCGCCCGAAGAGCAAGAGUCACGGGGCCAGACCGAUGGUCCAGACGAACGGCAGGAGCCUAUCGUACUUUCCCAAAAUGGCUCUAUCAGUGAAGAGGAAACAGAACAAGAGGACGAUGACGACGUAUACUUGCCCAUGCCCCGAUCGCAGGAGCUCAACAUUUCAACAGAGGAAGACAAGGAGAACCACAAUGGUGUGCCUGCAUCGCCUCUCGCUGCGGCGACUAGUGCACACGAUCGACUUUCACAAGCCCUUGCUCUGCAGGCUAGUCCGUCUCCGAAUAGCAAGAUGGCUACCGAAAAGCCAAUUUUCAACCGCCACAGCCCUAACCUGGAUGAACAGGACGGAGUGGGACGGUCUUCACAGAUUUAUAUCGUGAGGGACUCGCAGCAAUCCCCGACGCGCGGAAGCCAAGCGAACAAACAGAGGCAGCCAGACAACUCACAAAUCACACUUUCACAACAGCAAGUAGCUCGUUCGGACGUGGACAAGCAAUCACCUCCACCCCCUCCUGUGUCUCAACGAAACUUAUCUCCUUCUCUUCCCAACGAUCGUACUUCAGCGCGUACUCGUUCACCGUCCGCGAGCUUGGUCGAAUCUUCUAGCCAACUACCCAAAAUACCAGCAGCUACCGAUCCCAUCCGGACACAGUCUAGCAAUCCAGCUAGCCAGCCAGCUGUGGUACGUGGCGAAAAUGCUUCCAAUCAAGAGAAGUCAUCUUCAAUGCCCUCUCGUAUUGUCGAAACACCGGUGCACCAACAAUCAAGGAGCUUUGCGGAUGUGGUCCCGGGCACCACAGUUCCGGAAACUAGCCCGCACCGUCUACAAAACCAGGAAUUGGACAGUGACAUAAAUGGGGAUGCUGCAGCUCAAGAAGACGAUGAUUUGCCUCCUGUCUACCCUUCCGGCCAUGACCGUGCCAGCCAGUCGCGGCCACUUGCGCCACCAAGCUCGUCGGCGGUGACAAAAGCUUUCAACUCCAAGAUCCUUUCCAGCCCUAGCGGCAGACAGCGCAGGGCCCUGACGGAAAUUGCCUCAGAAGCGUCCCCGGGAGGACCUGCUAAUUUCGAUAUCGAAUUUGGCAUCUUGACUGCAGACGAUAGAGAGUUCAGAUCCAUGGUCGCGAUGUCUCCCAACCCGCCGAAGAAGAAGAGGCGCGGGAAUGAAAGUCAGAAUUUUUAUGCUUCCGACCCUGUACUUCCCGUUACACCUCGUCCGACUACUCCUCGCUUCGCUCCGUUCCAAGAGCAGGAACCGAUUCCGGAGGAGCCCCAGCCGGAAAUGCCACAGGAGGCGCCGGAGACAGCCAUUCGGAAACGGUCUAAGCCCUCCAACCGAGCUGAUACAGUAUGGGACGUGGAUGCUUCGCCGGAAUAUCAUGUGUCUCGUACGGGAAGAAGAUCUCUCUUCCGAUCUCGGCUACAGCAGCCUGUCCAAGAUCAGGAAUCCGAAGCGAAUACGCCUGAGCCUCCGAAGGAAACGACCGAAGCUCCUGUUAGCGUCAAUGAUGAGAUGGAUGUCAUUUCCACUCCUGCCGGAAACCCUGAUCAUCCCUCAGAAACGCCUACGGUCCAGGAUACUACGGUACAAAAAGAGCCUACUCCUGUUAGGCCAUCCCCGCCGGGAGGUCCUCAAAUUGCCCACAACCAGGUUCUUGCCCCUUGGAGUGGCCCGAAACGGGCAUACUAUCCUGCAACAUGCUUGGGUACACCAUUUGGCACUUCAGCAUCAAAGUAUCUGGUCAAGUUUGAAGACAGUCUUCCGGUUGAGGUGCCAACCACUACGGUCAAGAGACUCGAACUGCGAGUUGGUGAUGCGGUCAAGGUAGAAAUACCCAAAUUUCCGAAGAUUCCUCAUGUCAUUCGAGGUUUCGACGAUCGAGUGAGUGAGGAAGACUUCAGCAAUACCAUUAACAGUGGCUUCAUUCCUAUGACUGACGUGUAUGGUAACUUGUCUGUCAUUCUGGAACCAAAAGCGCGCAAGAGUAUCUCGAAUGAGGCCCUUCCACAGACGGAGAACGUCAAAGUCCCCAUAUCGCGGAUCUAUCUGGAUACCAUCUUAUGGAACCAGCUUAAAGAUCGGUCGUUCAGCCAUUAUGCAAACGCGAAGACGUUGGAAGAAAGGCCCCAAACACCAGCUUUAGCCGGCGUACUCGCCACACCAACACCUCCAAGCAGCCGACUUUCUCGCACUAUGCGGUACAUGGGUGGUAUCUUUGCUGGAAUGGUGUUUGCAGUCUCCUACGUUGACGACGAUGCGGGCAAGUCUCGCGUGUCCCGAUUGAUAAUGGAACACGGCGGGUGUAUUAUAGAUGGUUUCAACGAAUUAUUCGAGUUUCCAUCGAACGUCCCUCUUGCAACCCCGACAACACAACAAUCUGCCCAUCCAGCGCAAAAUAAGACCAACAUGCGUCUUACCAGAAGCGCUGAAGAUCUCGGAUUCGCCUGCGUAAUUGCUGAUAAGCACUCUCGCCGCGAAAAAUACAUGCAAGCCCUAGCCCUCAACCUACCAUGUCUGUCUGGCCGCUGGGUUGAAGACUGCAUUGCGCAGAACCGAAUCCUGGAUUGGGAAAUGUACCUUCUCCCCGCGGGGGACUCGACGUAUCUCAACGGCGCUGCUAAAUCGCGAAUGCUGACGUCCACUCUUGCCGUCAACGCACGCUUCGCUCAUACCAUCGCAGCUCGACCAAAGCUACUGGACGGACAGUCUGUGCUUAUCGUCAUGGGCCGCGGGAAGGAAGAAGAGAAGAGCAGGGCAUACAUCUUCCUCACAUAUGCCCUUGGCGCCUCAAGAGUGGAACGCGUGUAUGAUCUCAAGUCCGCAAAGACAUUCCUAGACCAAGAGUCUGAGGCCGGCCAUGACAGUUCCUGGGGUUGGGUAUACGUGCACUUCCAUGACCAGGAAACCGUCAGAACGGAGUUCCUGCAAUCCACCGAUAUGGAAUCGAACUCAGAACGGGGCACGAAAAGACGCAAGAUGUCUCAUUUCAUGGGAUGCAUCAGUGGUCAGGAACUCGGGUUGAGUUCUAAGAUUACUAUUGUGGGUAAUGAUUUUGUUUGUCAGAGUUUGAUUUUGGGGAGGCUGUUUGAGGCGUAG